UACACAAUCAAUGAGUAUGAGUCGACAGUAGUUUUUGAGGAAACCACCUCGUUCAAACGAAGGCCGCCCCCUUUACAUCGAUAUCCCGAUAUUGCGUGGCCCAACUUGGAAACAAGCCGAAGCGUUUUCAGUAGGGGAAACAAAAGAGUAACCAUUUGAUUUCCUCCUAUCACUAGUAGACAAAACUUGAAGUAUAAACGCCAAUCAUGUCGCGAGUGACCAUGACGUACUCGAUGACGGGGCUGUGUCCCGUAAUCUUGUUCUCUUCGCCAACCGAGGCUUUUUUGGUGCGAGUAAAGGAACCCACGGACAGCUCAAAUGCGCAUGACCAUCAUGAUGCAACCGCAAGCCUCGACUCGCGUGCUGCCUCGUCGCAUGGAGGUAACUCACUAGAGUCGUCUCUAUUGCAGCGGCGCGGCAGGGUCGCCCGGUCUGAAACUACAAUCAGAGAUGCUGUUGACAGAAGUUUUCUCGAUCUGGAAAAAACCGUUGCUGCAGCUAUUGCACAACCUGGCGACUACAAGAGAGAAGACAGCAACGUCGGCGAUUCUAAUCUGAAUCGUGACGACGGGAAGUAUGAUGUUGGCCCUCAUGUUGAUCAACGCCGUACCACGCGAACUGCAGGAGAUCGAAGCGGUCGCUCGAAGCUCUUGCAGCGGAGCGCAGUACAAAAUGGACGGGUAGAUAAAGCAAGACUCGGUGGCGUUUCCGCAAACACGCUCUACUCCGACAAAAAUUUUACCAACGCCUCUGCGUUGUCCUUUACGCAGGAGCAGCUCGACCUUGUGGAGGCCCGCGUGAAGAAUCUCACCAGGACGAUCGACGAGGAAAUUCUGAGUACGUGCGCUGAAGAAGGGCAACAGGAAGGGAAACCCUUGAGACAGGCCAGUAACCUCGCGCCGCGAUUCGCGCAGGAGGGAUCAUGCGAUCAUAAUGCCGGUUCGUGUGCGCCGCUGGGAGGCGGGUGGGAGGUUUCUUUGGCAGGCAGUUCGGAAACAACGGUUGUCGGAAAUCUGCAGCGAGCGUCGUUUUCUGAAGGGGAUAAUUAG